AUGUAUAGCAGGAAUGGAGAAGUUGGGAUGGUUGAAUUGGUGUUUAGGCAUAUGGAGAACAAAGAUGUUGCUUCGAGGAACAGUUUGCUUAAUGGGUUUAUUUUGUGCAAUGAUUUAGAGUCCGCUCAUCUUGUGUUUGAUGGAAUGCCGCAGAGGAAUUCAAUUACUUUGAAUGCAAUGGACUCCAAUUUCGCGGUACGAUCCGCUUGCGUCGAUGCCUGCACCGCAAUGUCGGUUCAGAUUACUUCGCCUACGUUCUCGAUCAUUUCGAAGCCGUUGAUAGAGUCUCUCGUGGUCGAACAGGACGUGAACUUGCAGCUCGGUGCGGCAAUGUGCUUGGCCACGGUGAUUGAGGCAGCGCCGGAGCUGGAUACGGAGCAGCUGAGGAAGCUGUCGCCGAGGUUACGGAAGCUGAAGAGGAGUCAGGGGUUUAAGGCCAAGGCGGCGGUGCUGGGGGUAAUAAGGAGUGUUAUUGGGGUUGGGGGAACGAAGAGUAGGGCUACAUUGGAUGCGUUGGUGCCGUGUGUGGUGGAGUUUUUGAGCAGCGAGGAUUGGGCCGCGAGGAAGGCAGCUGCGGAGGCGUUGGAGAAACUGGCGGUGGAAGAAAGGGGAUUAGCAAAGCAGUAUAAGGCGGACUGUAUGAAUGCUCUGGAGAGUAGAAGAUUUGAUAAGGUAAAGGUUGUACGGCAGACCAUGAAUCGCACUUUGGAAUUGUGGAAGGAGAUUCCUGGUAUUGAGGAGCAGCAGAACGGUGUGCUUCCAUCUAAAUUUAUAUCUUCUUCUUCUUCAGUAGAAUGCAAAAGUAUGCUUACUUUCUCCAUCUCCAAACAUUCUGAUGAUGGUGGUCUCAAAACACCCCUGCAAAAGAAAACUAUCCCCACAAAUAGGUCCCCUCCGUCUGACUCGUUUGUGACCACUGCUAAGAAAAGUAGUCCUCCAUUUAGUACUAGCAGAAGUUCAAACGCAACCGCAAUCCGUGAGUUGAAUCAUAAGAAAUCCUCUGAAAGGAAAAUUGAAAUUACUGGACUCCACUCACUAUCUUUAACAGCAGUUUGUGAAGAGAAUUUCAAAAGGCAUGAAGACAGAAUUCUGGAGCCUGUAGACAAUGCGAACAAUGAAAGUUCUACCACACAAACAAAACAAAUUCUCUUUAGCAAGAUCCAUGAUGACAAAAUGCAUAAAUUUGGUGGUUUGAGAUCUGUGUCUCGGGUGGUUCCCUUUAAUUAUAACCAUUGUUCAGAUGUUGUAGUCAGCAAUGAUAUGGAAGAAAUUUACUCGAACAAAAAAGAUGCUGAGGAUCUUUCUUUGAUCCGGGAACAGCUUGUUCAGAUUGAAAACCAGCAAUCCAGUCUAUUGGAUCUUCUUCAGGCAUUCAUUGGGAGUUCUAAGAGUGGGAUAAAUUAUCUUGAGAUGCGUGUUCAUGGCCUGGAGAAGGCAUUGGAUGAAAUAUCGUAUGACUUGACAGUAUCACAUGGAAGAAUUAUGAACCCUGAUUCUUCAGACAAUGCCUGUUGCAAGCUUCCCGGUGCAGAAUUCUUGAGUCCAAAGUUCUGGAGGAGGACGGAAAGUCGAUACUCUACUUCUAGAUACUUGUCUUCUGGCAGCAUGAUUAAAGAAGCCAGGGCUGAAAUAUACAAGCUUCAUGACCAAAGUUUUCAGCGCAGAAGUAGGGGUGGAUUAAUCAUGAACCCAUUGGCAGAUGUUCGCAGAAACUCCAGUGGAAAUUCAGCUACCCUCACAAAUUUUAUGUCGAAAAGAAAAAUCACUGAUGUUGUGACACCACAAGUCCUUGGUAUCCAUCGGCUUGAUGGACCAUCAUCACUUACUUGUACAGCACCAUAGUACCCAAGCAGAAGAAUCAGAUUGCCUGCUCCAUCAGAAUGGAAGUAAUUUUUUUCUGCAGAACAUGUCCGAGAGACGAGCACCAUUUGUCUGUCAUCAAACCAUAGGCUUUUUGAAAACUGCUUACUAGCCGAGACCGAAGUGGAGGUGCUUGCAUAUGAAAUUUCUGAUUUUUACCGCAUCGAUUUGAUUGAUUUCAAGGUUAGACCAUCCAAGAACCUUGGAUUAGGGGCAGGACUGCCCGUCUGCUGUGAUGAAAGCUUUUGCAUAAAUGUAAUUCUUUUUCUUCAACACUUGCUUGACGAUAGAAAGUUUGUCUUGUCCUUAUUUAGCAUCCUAUUAUCCCAUGUCAUUGGCAUAAUUAUGACAAGCAAUUUGUGAUUGA